AUGAGCAGCAGUGCGAGGCAUGAAGGUCGAGAGGACCUCCAUGAUCACAUCGGCUCCAACUCCCCCACGCCCUCGGGUGUCGAAACCCCCCGACCAGACCUUCACGACAAACGCCUCCCAGGAAUAAUGAGCUACUUUGGCCAGGUGGGUAGAGAUCCUUCUCAAAAUACACCGUCACGGUCAUCUCAAGUUGCUGCAUACCCUGAAGUCAGCCAGAAACAUGCCCCUUCUUCUGUUCAGCCCGAGCCCGUGAAAGAGGAAGAGAACGAGAAAAAGCGUGUAUCGUCUGCUUCCAUAGGCUCGAUGGUGAUGGUCGAGCGGGAGCAGGCAACCGUGUCUACACCACCACCUGAAGAGCCUCCUGGCCAACAUGGGCCUUUGGAGGGUACGGGUACGCAUGAAACAGAUGCUUCUCGGUUGCCGCCUACACCUAUCUCAUCUGCCGCAUCAGUCGUGCAUCGAGAUGGUGAAGUGGCCGAGAAUGGAGCUUCCCUGGUGGACGGUGGCAUAACCUCCAUUACGCAGGCUUUGAGGAACUUUGUACUUCCCAAAUCCGCGUUUGGAAAGAAAGAACGUCGCCACCAGUCUUUGCCUGUUUCAAGCGUCACAAAAAGCACUGCGACCGCAGCGCACAUAUCCAACCCCACUUCGUCUACACACUCCUCGCGACCGCAUUCCCCUCAAUCUUCAUCUCCAAGUUCUGCUAAGCUACCAUCAUCUCAAACUAUCCCAGAGACUCAUGAGCUAACUUCGAGCGUGGCCAUUGUGCCGCGUGAUAAGAGUACCCCUCCUCACACACCACGAGCGUUAUCGCAAGAGGACCGCAGAGAUCAAACUCGCUCGCCCCUCUCGAGCACGAGCACCGCCCCGGGUGACACAGGUACCGAGUCAGAAAAAGAAACUCAGAAACAGACCAGUCCUACUCUUCCUUCCGUCUCCUCCCCACGAGGCAAGUUGUCAAUUAAAAUCGCCGAGGGACGAAACUUGAAGCCUUCAUUUGACCCCUAUGUUGUGGUGCAAUUUGAGUGGAACGAGUAUGUCUCUAAGGGGCCGAGGCAGGACAAGAUGGAAGUCGACAGUGAUGCCAAAGGACCAGUAGCGUCCUUGCAGUCGAUUCCCAUCCGCAGAACCGACAGUGACAUGGGCAAACCCAUGGCGAUCCCCAUGCGAAGCCGUCAAAGUAGCACCAAUGGAGAGGAGCGUCCCCUGGAUAAGGUGACGGAUCCUCAAUGGGAUCGUGAGGCCAAUUUCGAUGUUGUAAGCCAACAAUCGGAGCUCGAUGUGACAGUGUAUGACCGCCACUCCGACUCGUUCUUGGGCCACGUCCGGCUUUGUCUGCUUUUGAAUGAACAACAACCAACCCUGGAAGGGUUCUUCAGACUCGAACCCCGCGGACCACAGGACCAAGACAUUACAGGCGAAAUUCAUAUCCGCAUGCAUUUUUCAAAAGUUGAUAAACGACAUUUUGGGCCGAAUGAUUUCCAGAUCUUAAAAUUGAUUGGCAAAGGUACUUUUGGCCAAGUGUACCAAGUGCGGAAAAAGGACACGCAACGAAUCUAUGCAAUGAAAGUUCUAUCGAAGAAGGUAAUCAUCCAGAAGAAAGAAAUCCAGCAUACAAUUGGAGAAAGGAAUAUUUUGGUCAGGACAGCUACAACCGAAUCGCCGUUCAUUGUGGCGUUGAAAUUCUCGUUCCAGACUCCUACCGAUCUUUACCUGGUCACGGACUUCAUGUCCGGAGGAGAACUAUUUUGGCAUCUCCAGAAAGAAGGACGCUUUAAGGAAGAUCGUGCCAAGUUUUACAUUGCUGAGCUAAUCCUUGCGCUGAAACAUUUGCAUGACCAUGACAUUGUUUACCGAGACCUCAAACCAGAAAACAUCCUAUUGGAUGCCAAUGGACAUAUUGCUCUGUGCGACUUUGGUCUGUCCAAGGCCAAUUUAACACAAGAUGACACCACCAACACGUUCUGUGGAACAACCGAGUACCUGGCACCCGAGGUUCUGCUGGACGAACAGGGCUACACCAAGAUGGUGGAUUUCUGGUCUCUUGGUGUACUUGUAUUUGAAAUGUGUUGUGGAUGGAGUCCAUUCUAUGCCGAGGAUACACAACAGAUGUACAAAAACAUCGCCUUUGGGAAGGUGCGAUUCCCCAGAGAUGCGCUGAGCACCGAAGGAAGAAAUUUCGUCAAGGGCCUGCUCAAUCGCAAUCCCAAACAUCGCUUGGGAGCGACCCGGGAUGCACAAGAAUUGAUUGAGCAUCCCUUCUUCGCUGACGUCGACUGGGAUGCUCUUGGCAAGAAGAACCUUGUCCCGCCUUUCAAACCCAAGUUGAGUUCAGUUUCCGACACGUCAAACUUCGACCCGGAAUUUACCAAUGCGCUCAACACAUCGUCCUCUUUGAAUGCUCGAGCUGCUGCUUUGGCGGCAGGAGCAGCACCGGCGUCGACACCAUUGUCACCAACCAUGCAAAACGCUUUUCAGGGAUUCACAUUCGUCGAUGAAAGCACCAUGGAAGAACAGUUUGGCGGCUCGCGAGUUGCCGAAGAUGAGAGAGUCGACGAAACACAUCUAUCCCGUUCCAAGACCCAUGAGCACCGGAUGAGUGGGGUGCAAAGGACGGGUGACGACGGGUUUUUCUUCGAGGAAUGA